CUGGGUAGUCCUCUUUCGCUUGCUCACUCUUUAGUCCUAUUUUCGCGUUGACCGACAACAGCGCUGUCUGCGGGCUUUGAAAACAGAUGGAUAAAAGAGAGCGAAACUCGAUCCCUCUUGUGAAGAUUUCCGCCACUGUUCCCCGCCGUGUACAGACAGUUUUUUUGAAAGCCGUUUCGAGGCCUGUGAAGCUAAUCCGGGGGACACCGAACAUAAGGAGACCCCUCAAAUUUCAACAUGCCUCGUUUCCUCUCACUAUCAAAGAUUGGGCUGAAACUCGAGGAAUCUGGUUAAACAAACUUCAUCGCCCUCUCGAACUCCUGGAAACUGGGUAAACGAAUUUCCCCCCAUUUCCUCAACACUCUGGAAACUGGUGAAACCUAUUUACUCGCUUUUCUGAAAAGGUUGUGUUCGAUGUUUGCGCCUGGGCACCUUCGUCUGCCGGCUGCGUCGCCGCCAGGCCCUGCAUUAUGGAGAACUGCUAGUCAGGGCAAUCGGAGACUCGAAAACAAAGAUCGAGCGGUUCCUUCUGACCCUGGUGUUCCCCAUCGCAGAGUAAACGGAGCGAAAAAACGGUAUGGAGGCUUCUCGUCACCUUCGCAAACUUCCGGUGUACAAACACCUCGCUCACCUUUGACUACCGACUUGAAAUUCUUAUCCUUUGGUCGCCAUGCCUCUUCUUUUUCUUCUCACUCGCUUUUCCCGUUCACCUCUUCUCCUUUCUUGCGGUCUUCUACUUCCCCCUCCUCUUCACUGCUUCCAAAUGGCCCUCACCUAAAGCCGUUAUACCAGCUGCCGCUUCGUGGAUUUUCUUCAUCCUUUCCUCGCGGGGAUCCUCCCUCUCUCAGUCACGAUGCAGCGUCUUCCGCGUCUUCUGUCCAAGAGCAGGCUUCGCGUCGAGGCUCAGGCAACGCCGCUUCGUUUCCUGAGUUCCGAGAAGGCCCGGAAAGCUUUGCUUUUCUUGAGAGAUCAACUUCCACGCUUCAGGGGGUCGAAGACGGACGCGACGGACGACCUAGCGAGCCAGCAGAGAGGGAACUCUACGCAACUCUUCUUGCACACUAUCGCAAUCUGCUGUACUGUCUUCCGCGGAUGGGAGCGGGUGGCGAGAGAGAAGAACAAACACAAGAAGAAGGGGAACAGCCUGUCUUGGGAAGCGAGGAAAGACAAAAGGUGAUUGAAUUUCUCGUUGCCAGUGAAGAAGGGAUUCGCCUUUGCAGCUCUAGAGGCUUCGUCGACAUCGCAGCACUUCCAGUUCUUCGUCUGGCCCUUCCUCCUUCUCUUCUGUCGUACCUCGCUCGGACCUUCGUUCAAGUGGCUCUCGCUUCGCCGUCGCUCCUGCCAUUCCGCAUCUGCCUGGAAAAGUGCCGCUCAAACAUGCAAGAGAACGAUCCAGAGCAGGCUGCGAGUCGCCUCUCUUCUUCGCCUUUGCCAUCCUUGUCAACAAUCCCUGCGUCCUUCUCCCCUUCAGAAAUGGAAGAACUGCGUCGCGCAAGCCAACAGGUUGAACGCGCGUGGGGUCUUCCUCGCUUCACCACCUUCUACGUCACUGUAUGUACACUCGAGCAACGCGGUGUCUUGAGAGAUGUGCCCGGCGCCAGCGAGCUCCGACAUGUGUCAACGCUGGGACUUUUGUCGCUUCUGAAAAACGAGGAACAGACGCCAACUCUGUCGCUGGCGCAGCUCCUUCCAGCGCUUGCGAUCACGCCUCAAACUGUCGGACAGAGGCACACUUCAGAGCUGGAGAGCGUUCUCCAGGAAACUCUCGGGCGACGGCUUACAGAGGAGUUUCCCUCGUCUUUUCCUCAGGCAAGUGUCGAACAGAGAUCGGAGCAUCUACUGGUUCGUCUUGAGCUUCUCUCCAGGAGUCUGCGUGUUGCACUCGACAGAAACGCUCUGCAUUCCUCUCUUCUUUCUGCACUGAAGGAAGCGGUCACAUGUGUGACUCGGGAACUGGAUGCGGAACGCCGUCGGCUGCACCGGUGCCUCUCCGGAGACGAAACUGUCCAGGAACAUGCAAGUUCUCUGUGUGCUCUCGUUGGAAAGCAAGCGGCCGUUCUUCCCAGUCUUGCAAACUGCGUGUUGGCCUCUGAACGUCUUUAUCAAAAGCUCGCUGUUUCGACAACGCCGGAGGCGAAGAAGAAGAACGAGACGCUGUCGGAGGGAGAACAGAGUGGAGAGGCAAGCACUCCAAGGCGAGAGGGAGACGGGGGACAGCUCCGGGAAGUUCAGGUGAACCUUCAGAGGAGUUUCGUCGCUUUCCAAACUGAGAUUCUUGAGGCGGCGCGCCUUGUUCUGGCGGACGGACACCUGAGACAGAACGGGUUUUCACAGCAACUUGUUCGAUGCCUGAAAAAACCGCUGCAGGCUGUGGUGUAUCUACAGCAGAACGCCGGAAGAGCAGAGGCGACGGACGGAAGCCCUGCGCACCAUCGAUCUCUCAACGAAUACGCGACCGAACGUCCGGAACGCUUCCUUGAUGCGCUUGCCGGUCCUUUGGUGGAGUUCCUCGGGUGUAUGUACACCUACGCAACUGCGCAAGUAACUCCUUCCUUGACAGAAGGUUCGGAAAGAACGCCAAUGUCGUCGAGAGCUGGUUUGUAUCUCUCAGCCGUUGGACCCGAGCCGCAGGGAGAACGGACUCGAGGACUUUCUGUACUUUCAGAAACGAGGGAAGGUCUGCACAACGCGUUCACCCCACCUCGUCCACAGACAGCAUAUCCUCAUGUCCCUCCCGACUCUCCGUUUGCUUUCGUCGCCACUUCUCAUCUUUCCGAAAGCGAGUCUGCUUCCUCGUCUCCGCAAGCGAACGACAGCGCCUCUCUCCCUUUUUCCUUCUCUCCCGUCGUCACGACGAAUCUCCAGGGAGAAGCCUCACCAAAUAAGCACGGAGAUCCUGAAUUUGCCAGAGCACCCGUUGUGGGCAGGCGUCAACGGGAAAGUAUGCGUCGACUUCUCGAUGAACUUCUGGAAGAGGGCGGCGUGGUUCAGCUGGCGACCGUCCUUCUUCGAGGGUCAGAGAAAGCUAGGAGAAAACUGUUCGGAGUUCUCCUCCCCCUCCUCCCGGAGCUCCCCAGUCCGUGUCUGCUUCAGCUGCUGAAAAUCGUUUCGCAAGUCGCUCUCUUGCCUUCUCUUCCCGAACCGUCUCUGCAUGCGUCUGGCCCUCCGACACGUUCCCUUGAUUCGGCCGAGUCUUCUCCAGGCGCCUCUGUCGCGGGACAACUAGCAGCGCGACUCCUGCAAGAAGGGGAGAAGAAAGGGGGAGAAGAAGAGAUACACGGACCAAUAGGCGCGGAAGGCACUGAAAGCGGGCGACAACGGCAGGGCGUCGAGAGCGGGAGCACGCUACAACUCGGUGGGGAGCUCAAGCGAGGUGUACAGACGCCCGGAGCCGGGUCACAGGUGAAGGACGAAAGUGCCGACGGUGACUUCGGAGGAUUCGGUUCCCACGAGCGCGACACUGAAGCGUUUCCCCGUCACCUUUCUGAGACGCGUGAGAUGACGCUCUUCGACGCAAUCGUGGACGAAGUUGAGAGACGCCGACGCUGCGGCGGAAGCGACCUGAAAAUCCACAAAAGUGGAGACGCACCCGACGAGGACUGGAUGAGCUUCGACGACUUGGUUCUUCUCUCUGCAUGUUUCAGGAGAAAAGAAAUCGCGAAGGAACUGAGGAACCCUUCGUCUCUGCUCUUCUUCUCGGAUCGGCUGCCGUCUCUGGCGGCGGAGAAGCUCCAGGCGCUUCUCCAAGCACCUGAAGAAAACAAGAAAGCUGGAGAACACGCUGCUCUGUUGGUGGCCAGAGUGACACAAGCUGUCGAGGCGGUCCACCUGCAUAGCGCCUGUGUGGCGGCUGUCGCGACGGCGAGUCCGACGGGAGAUCGACGCAUGUCUUCUUCUCGAGGCGAAGAUUCGGUGGCAGAAGCCGCUGCCUUCGCUGAUUCUGUCUCGCCCUCUCGAGGCCUUGCCUCUUUGGAGAUGUCUCGUUUUUUCCAAGUCGUUGCAGGGAUUUGUCCUUCUCUUCGUGAUGUGCCUCCUGCCUCUCUCACUCUCCUCCUCGCCGCCUUCUCCCGAGGCACUGGCGCUCACAGUCAAGCGCUGAAGCAGCUAGCAGAAAACAGGCUUGGUCCUGAAACGAGCGUCGCAGAAACCACGGAGCAGAUGGAAGACGCUCUGCGAAUAUGGAAGGUACAUGCAGAGGUUCACAACGCAGUCUCAAAGUCUCUGCUCGAGAGCCAGAACGUCUCGACGCUAUCCACAGGUCAAACGCGUCUUUUUCUUCUCUCUUUUCUCGGCCUUCUCCAACUUCGAGACCUCUUCGUUUCUCCUGUCGACCAGAAACGAGGGAACGCCUUUCCACACCAACCUUCUCGAAAGAACCAAGAGUUCACCUCUCUGUUUCUUCAAGACCAGCGAGCAGGCGAGCUUUGGAUAGAGUUCCAAGAAACGUUGGACGCGAUUCUGAGGCAAAUUCUCGCGGGCCUGGGGAGCAAAGUUCGGAGCGGCUGUCCAGACUCUGAUGAAGACAUUGCAGAAACUCUGCAUCUUAUCAACUCGAUCUCUCGGUUCUCACCCAGAGCAGCCGACCUUCUUGAGGCCGUUGGGCUGCCACUCGGCCCACAAACGCCACCCGGCUCGGAGCGAAACCUUUCGCAGUUGAACGGAGUUUCCAGGAGGCCUGACGCCUCUUUGCGAGAGCGGCGAGCACGCUUGAAGGCGUUUUUUCAGGCACCUGGAACAGUCGGCGCAUCCGGCGCAGCCGACCUGUCUAUCUCCGGGAAGGACCGCGUUAGCUCGUCCGCAGACGCCUCAGCCACGCUGAGAGGAUUUCUCUCGCGCUGGCUGGGCCGUGGGCGGUGACUGUCAAGCGAAACAACACGAGUUUCCACUAACAGAAGUGGUUAUCAUCGCACUUUUUUUUCCACGCUCUCACGACACGGCGUUCACAACGCCCGUGCGGAUCAACGCAUCGUUCACUCAAAAUGUAGGCAAAGGCAUGCCGAACGCCAGAGGACUGUCCGGUCCCCGUUUUAUUCCGGAUGACAUACCGAUGAAGGAAACGCAAACGUCAAAGUGGGGGUUUAGGUGAGGGCUUUUCACUCCUGACCCAUAGGAAGACUGCUCGACUCUGCUCCUGAAUGUAGUGCGACAAGCUGUGAACAAACGGCUCCUCAAUUGCUAUAACGUUAACUGAGGACUCAAGAACGUGCAAACAGUUGCACCGAUACUUACAGCGAGGACUCGGGACCGCUGCGGGACAUUCAGACCAUUCAGAUUGCUCCCAAAAUUUCUCACUUGCAGGAGAAGGGAGGGAACCCAGUUUUUACAGAAGACGUAUCCACGGACCACAUAGUUCGGCAGUGGAACUGUGCAAGAGGCACACAAAGAGCACUAAUUCGGGAGAUUUUCGUACUUCGAAGCAAACACUCGAGACGAGUCGUCGAGACUGGAGAACAAACUGCAUGUCUGAAAACCUUUCAGAUGAUCUAAACGCAAAACCGAAACAACGACAAAAGUUCAGCCAUGUCUUGAAUGACUGCUGAGCGUGUUACGCCUAUGGAAGCAGAAGUCCUUUCAAUGCGCAGACAUUCAUUCACUGAAGAGAAAGUUAAAACUCACAAAGUGACCUGCCGGCUCUUGAAGAAAUGGACCGUGCCUAUUGCAGAACACUGAUAUGCAUUCCCCCGCCAUCUUUACGAUAAUGUGAACGACAUUAUGAGUUUCACAACUAUCUUGAAAUCUUGAAUGGGCACGAAUCCGGCAAAUAACCCCGUACAACGCCUCUCGGGGGUGACAGUUCUCUACCUGUGUUGUACUGAUCCCAAACCGUCUUUGGUGUAAUGGCCUGUGGUAUUGGACAGAUCACAUGGCCAUGGAGUGUGAACACUGUCA